AUGUCUCACUACCAUUUCAUCAAAUGCUGUUGUUUCCAGCUAUGUAAUGUCUUUCGUCAGAACAUGGAGAUAGACCAGUGUCUGCUGGAGUCUCUCCCUAUCGGCCAGCGCCAGCGCCUGGUCAGGAGGAUGCGCUGUGACCAAAUAAGGGCAUACUAUGAGAGGGAAAAGAACCUUCAGCGCCAGCAAGGUGGAGUCAAGGUUCGAGCCACAGCCACCCACCGCAAGAAGCACCACGUCCGCUUCAGCCCGACCGAUGUCAUACAGGACGCCAUCAUUCGCCAUGACGACAAAGAAGUGUUGCGUCUCCUGAAGGAGGGAGCAGACCCCAACAGUCCCAUUCCUUCUGGUGGAUCCUUGUUACACCUGUGUGCUCGCCACGACAACGUGUUUGCGGCAGAGAUUCUGAUUGAGCGAGGCCUGAAUGUCAACCUGCAGGACGAAGACCUGUGGACAGCCCUGCAUGUAGCGUGUGUGUGUGACCAUGCGGACGUGGUGCUGCUGCUGCUGCUGGCCGGAGUGAACGUUAUGCUGCAGGACGUCAACGGAAACAUUCCUCUGGACUACGCCUCUGAGGGAACUGAGAGCAGCUAUAUCCUCCGAAAGCACCUGGAGGAAAAUGGUGUGGAUGUGUCGUCUAUGCACGCCAUGAAGACACAGAGACCCAGCACCAUGUUAUCUGAUGUUAGACAGCUUGUAGCCACAGGCGGAAACCUCAGCCAGCCCAAUGAUGAUGGGGUCACUCUGCUGCACAUAGCAUGUGCGAGUGGUUACAGAGAGGUGGUGUCUGUGUUGCUAGAGAGUGGAGCGGACCCACAUCCUGCUGACGACAACUUUUGGACCCCUCUCCACCUGGCUGCUAAAUACGGACAGACAAGCAUCGUUAGCCAGCUCCUGAGACGCGGGGCAAACCCAACUCUGUUGAACUGCAACCAAGACAAGGCCUCAGACAUUGCCGCAUCAGAGCCUAUAGCUGAUAUGCUUCAGAGCGCAGAGGAGAGCUGGCUGCAGAGACUGAAGGACCCCUCCGCUCCGCUGCCCCCAACAGACCAACGCUAUGAUGGCGGAUCACACGACGUCACCACGCCUGUCAAGAACUUGAACCCCUUGUAUCUCCCAAUCUCUAAGCGGGACAGUCUGUUGGAAAAAUGUGCCAUGUUCAGAGAGGCAGGUGGAGCGCUGUGCGGACAGCCCUCUCAGGACAGUUGUUUAGAUGGUCCCUUUAGCUCUGGAGCCAGCAAACUGGAGCAGGUCAAGCUGAUGCCUCCGGCACCUAAUGACGACUUGGCAUCCCUCAGCGAGCUGACCGACAGCAGCCUGCUCUACGAGAUGCAGAAGCGCUUUGGCAAUGACCAAAUCUAUACUUACAUUGGACACAUCCUUCUGCUGGUCAAUCCAAAUAAAGAGCUGCCCAUCUAUUCCACUUUGGUGAGUCAGUUGUACCUGAGCUCCACAGGUCGUCUGUGCUCCUCUCUGCCCCCUCACAUCUUCUCCUCAGCAGAGAGAGCUUACCACAUGAUGCUGCAGGAGAGACGCCCGCAGUGUUUCAUCUUAAGCGGUGAAAGUGGUUCUGGCAAAUCAGAGGCAUGUAAGCAUAUAUUGAGACACCUGACGGCCCGCUCCAGCCCCAAAGGCUUCGCACUGGAUCCCAGAAUGAAACACGUGUACUGCAUUCUGGAGGCUUUUGGUCAUGCAAAGACCCAAAGGAACAACAGUUCAAGCCGCUUUACCAAGCUGUUGACCAUUCAGUACUGUCAAAAGAGGAGGACACUGCUCAGAGCCCGUGUGUACACAUACAUGCUGGAGAAGUCACGUCUGGUCCACCUGCCUCCUCAUCAACACAACUUCAGCAUCUUCUAUCUGAUGGCUGAAGGCCUGUCGCCUGAGGAGAAGAGCGCACUUUACCUCAACAAUGUCCUGGCUCAUAGGUAUCUCAGUGGAAGAUUUCCAGGGGAGAACCCUCCGGUAGCUACGGCCUCCGCCCAGAGCAGAGAACGCCUUGCAGCAGUCAAGCAAGCCCUGCGAGCACUGGGCUUCAACAAGCAGGAGGUUGACUCAGUGUUUACGCUGCUGUCCGCUGUGCUCCAUAUUGGGGACCUACGUUUUACUGCGUUGACAGAUGCCAAUACGGCCUUCCCUUCUGACCUGCAGCUGCUGGAGAGAGUUGCUGGAAUGUUGCAGGUGUCCUCCGGUGACUUGAGCACAGCCCUCACCUCUGACAUUCAAUUCUUCAAAGGUGACAUGAUCACUCGGCGCCACACAGUAGAAAUGUCAGAGCAGUACAGAGACCAGCUUGCCAAGGCCAUCUAUGGACGCCUCUUCAGCUAUCUGGUCAACAGUGUCAACGACUACCUUCAGGGACAGGACGACAGCAUUGGUGAUCCUGCCCUGGAAAUUGGGAUCUUGGACAUAUUUGGGUUUGAAGAAUUUCAGAGAAAUGGAUUUGAGCAGCUGUGUGUGAACAUGACCAAUGAGCGGCUGAGGCAGUACGUCUCUGAGGUGCUAUUCAAGCAGGAGCAGGCUGAGUGUCUGCAGGAGGGCAUUGCCAUGGAGACCGCACACUCCCCCUGCACCCAGUCUGCCGUUCUGGAUUUCUUUCUUCAGAAGCCUCAGGGACUGCUGUGUGUGUUAGAUGAGGAGAGCCAGAGCCUGCGGCCAGCAGAGCAGACCCUGUACAAGAGGUUGUCAGCCCAGCUGGACUCCAGUCCGACUCACGGCCUCUCUCUCACCACUAAGGAUGGCAAUGGAAACCCCCCACCUAAAGACCAGGGUCCAGCCUUCACUGUCAACCACUACGCUGGACAGAUUUCAUAUGACCUCACGGGAUCACUCACAAGAAACAAAGACUUCCUUCCUCAGAAUCUCUUGUUUACGAUGAAAUCUAGUGAGAGUGUGUUGCUGCAGCAGCUCUUCCAGUCCAAGCUGACUCAGACUGGUUCUCUGGUGCCAGCAGCUCACGGCCGCAUAGGGCUGAGGGGGCCUAAAGCUGCCUUGUUGCUCCACAGGACGCCAUCAGCCUCUCUAUUCACUGCCAGCUCUGUCCCCCAACAGUCUCGGCGGUACCAUGACCUUACCAAGAUCUUGAAGAAGAAAGGCUCGAGCUCCUUCCUCCAACGACUAGAGCGGUGUGGGCCCAUCACAGUGGCUGUCCAGCUGAGGAACUCGCUGUCAGAGAUCAUCAGUAAACUGCAGGCUUGCACUCCUCACUUUGUGGAGUGUGUACGCCCCAACUCCAGUGGUCAGCCAGACAGUUUUGACAGCUUCCAUGUGUCUACCCAGCUGCAGUACAUUGGGGUGCUUGAGAUGGUGCGCAUGAUCCGUUAUGGAUACCCUGUCCGCCUGUCCUUCCCAGGCUUCCUCAGCAGAUAUAAAGACCUCGUGGUCCCAACUUUGGGAGACAAGAAGAAAUUGUCACCAGAGGAGAAAUGUCGCUCAGUUCUGCAGCAGUCUAAACUCCAGGGAUGGCAGAUGGGCAGCAGUAAAGUAUUUCUGAGAUACUGGCAGGCAGACCAGCUCAACGACCGCUGCUACCAGCUUCAUAAGAAGAUCAUCACCUGCCAGAGAGUGGUGCGUGGCUGGCUGGCCAGACAGCGGGUUCAUCGCAGGCUGUCACUACAGCAGAAAGAGGAGUGCAGUGUUCAGCGUUUCCUGCAGGGGGCAGAGGACAUGGGGCUACGAACCUAUGACCAGUUGGUCAUCCAAAAUGCAUCUGACAUCGCACGAGAGAGCGACCGCCAGCGCUGCCAUGGCAACAGCCUUCUCAACACCCUUGGCAACAGCCCACCACUUGGUGAGAGGCCUGAGCCGGUGGGUAAGGAGGAGGAUCAGCCUGUCAGGAGGGGUGUGGAGAAAAGUGGGAAAGUCCACGAGGGCCCUGUCAAUGGGGGAAGUCGAGUUUUUCGCCACUUUCGGUCCAGCUCAGUACCCAUCCCCCUCGCCAUGGAGAGCAUGGUCCAUUCCUCUGCCAGUCCACCCAUCAAGCCAGCCCUGCAGCAGGUAGCUCACACCAGUGAGGACGGGGCAGGCGGGGGAGGUCUUUCAUCACCUCGGAAGCAACCUCCCCCAAAACCAAAGAGGGACCCCAACACCCGUCUGAGUGCAUCUUAUGAAGCAGUUAGUGCCGGGUUGACGAUGGCAGCCAAAGAAAGCCCCACUCCAGAGGGCUAUGGUUCGCCAGCUGGAAGCCCCCCUAAAUCCCAGCUGUCCCCCACAGACCCUGCAGCCUUGUCAAAGCCCCGCCCCCACAGUGAUGACUACACAACCAUGAGGAAGGUGCCACCCCCCAAACCUAAGCGCAGUCCCAACACUAAACUGACGGGCUCGUAUGAGGAGAUCAACGCUGUAGCACCCCACCUCCACCAGCUGCGCCCCGCUGAUGUAAAGCUGGCCUUGCUGUCCCGUGCUGGGGGAUUUGGAGGUUUUGGUGGUUUAAUGCAGAGAGCAGCCUCCAUUGAUGCCCCACAAGGGGUAGCACUGAGUCUGUACCAGGGUCAUGAUGAAGAGGAUGUGUACAUAGAGAUGUUGGGCUCUCAGCCGCGGACUCGGAGCCUCCAGGAGCCCCCUGACAGCCCAGAACAGGCUGACUCAGAAGCCGUCUAUGAGGAGAUGAAGUAUUUCCCUCAUGAUGAUGGUGGACCUCCUCCUACUGUAGUUACCAAGGCAGCAAAACUGGAGGCUUUAGGCUUGGGCUUGGUGGGAUUAGGGACAUCUCCUCCUCAGAGUGGGGAGACCAAACGAACGGCAGCAGGGGCUCAGCAUGGCAAAGAUGGCAGCUGUGACAUCCCUGCUCCCUUCCCCAACUUGCUCCCCCACCGUCCACCUCUCCUGGUGUUUCCCCCUUCACCCGUCACCUGCUCUCCUGCUUCAGAUGAGUCACCCCUCACUCCUCUAGAGGUAAAGAAGCUGCCAGUGUUUGAGACAAACCUGAACUAUGCUACUGGCCCCGACAGCCCCUUGUCUCCACAGUAUGCCCGCCAGAGGGCUGACUCCUCCCCUAGCCUCACUGUCCUCAUGCCAGAGAAGAAGUCUACACCUCCACUCACCCCUCCACCGCCACCUCCUCCCCCCAGUGCCCCCCCUCCUCCCUACAGACCUCCUUCACACUUCCCCUUCCCGCCCGAGGCCAGCUUCCUGGCUCUGACACGGGCAGCAUCUGUCACCGGCAGCUCGGACUCCCCCAAAACAUCCUCACAAAGGGGAGGUGGGGAACCACUGGGGAAGCCACCUCCCUACUCCCCAGUGAAGAUGUCUCGUCCUGAGCCUCGCAGAGCGCACUCAUGCUCCUCCUCUCCCCUGCUAUUCAACCCAGCCAAUGGCAGACCACUGACCAGCCCCUUGGAUGAACUCAACACUCUGUUCAGCUCUGGACGCAGCCUGCUGAGGAAGUCCACGUCUGGCCGGAAGACGAGAGAUGGAGGUCUGUCCAAUUCUAAUAUCAAUCUGCCAGGGAGGGAAGAAUGUGGCUCUGCUCCCACCUCACCAUCUCUGCAGCUACAGGACAAGAACGCCAACAACCACUCUCCCCACUCCCCAAGCCCCGGCCCCGUAGAGAACGGCAACCAGAUCUCCAACGGGUCGAUGGAAGAAGACAGUCACAGCAAGUCAAACUCCUCCAGUUCCACCUCUCUACACAGACACAUGGACAGCCAUCAUACUCAGGUGUUCCAGAGGUUACGUCUGUCCACCGGGGAUGAGAGCACCGCCCUGGGGGAGCUUCUGCGGUGGCGGCGAGUGCAGUGUGAGGGGCGGGGGGACUGGAAGCACCGUCCAUCUCAGUCCCCACCCCUGCCCCCCACGCUGCUCUGGACCAACAGGAAGGCCUCUCCGUGACAGAGGCUGUGUGAUGCAGUCACAUGUAUUGGCUAUGAAGUUCCUCUCUCUCUUUCUCUUCAACCACACUGGCACAUGCUCUUUACGUUUUUUUUUUUUGUUUUGUUUUUUUUGUGGACCAAGUAACCUCAACACCCAGGGACUAGGCUGAAGCUCCAAGCCCCAAAGCAUGAGCCGAGUCCCUGGGCUGAUGGUCCUGCUCCUCCACCUUUGACCUUGACUGUGGAGGAUGAUGCCCCAACCUAUAUGAUAGAAGCGCAGCACUAUGUGACGUUGACGAGUGUUAUCCAUGAAAAAUGAAUGGAAAACAGAAACAGUAGAGGUUCGUGGGAAGCUGGGGGUUAUGAUCAAAUAUUUUACUAACAAACAGCCAGAAAAAUAAUGCAGAUGGCAAUAUUAUUUACCUCAGGUCUUCUGAGAUAAAAUUUAUGAUGUCCAUCGAUGGAUUAAAGAGCAAAGACAUAGUGUUAUCGUGGUAGUUGGAUAUUAAAUGGCCCUCUUAGUUUGUCUAUAUCCUAGCCUAUCAUGAUGCACUGCUGCACACAAAGGAGCUCCACCCCAAAACAUGGUGCUGAUUAUACUUGACAUGCUGUCCUGUGGUAUUCCUGUGAGCACUUGUGUGUGCAGCCCCUCCCCCCCUGAGUCACAGACCUCUCUAAAGUUUACAAGUCAAGCGACGCCUUCGGACACCUCCAGUUUUUAGCAUCAGAGUACUGGCUUAGACAUGGGACCUUUUUCAGGUACACAGCUGUCACUUAGCCUCUCACGUUUGGGCUGUAAGUGCAACUGCAGCCCUGGCAACAUGUGCAACCAGGGUUCAGGGUAACCUCAGUAAUAUCCCAAGGUGCACUUCUCUCUUCUCCAUUGUUACCACCAGCCUUUGAGGAACAAAACCCUCUGGCCAAAAUGCAAACUACUGUACUCACCUUUACUAUAUGAAGGGGAUCCAACAAAAAAAAACCUGCUUUGGUUAAAGGGAUAAAGGUAAAGCUAAAAUAACAAAGCUUUAGCCGUGAGGUAUAUAGUUCAUGUUGUGAACAUGAAACUCUGUGCCAAAGUGACACAACUUGUGAAAUAUAUGUCUAAACUAACAAGUAUAGUAAUAAAAACUGAUGUAUACUGUCAUCCCCAUAUACUCCAAUAUGUACAGACUGACAUAAAUGACCAAAUCAAAGCUGUUACUGUGGUUCAGUGAUGACCGUCUCUAAAUAGAUUAACAGAACAUGUUGAAAAGAGGGGACAAAUAAAAAACAACAGUCUACACUUGAAAAAGUAGCAACUUAACUCUCAUUGUGUCUCAUCAACAUCUGAACAGUUUUAUGUGUUCGGUGUUGUUCAGGAGACUGUGCAGAGCUCAGGGACUCGCGCACAGAUGAACUCGAUUAUUGUACAGAUUCCUCCACUGAGGGCGAGUCCUCACAGACGCCCACUACCUGCCGUAUCCCGUCUUCAUCUCCUUUCCACAUUUGACCCCCACAAACUGUCCCCCUUCCUAACUUGGUCUUUGACCCCCACCGCCAACUUCCUAAUGGAUCAAACCGGCUCUACGGGUGUUUCCAUGGUAACCGCUAUGUAAAUUGUGACAAGUGGCGUAUGUUGUAGCUUUUACUAUGGCAGAAAAGCACAGAGAUUGAACUGAAAGACAAGGAAAGAUGAGAUAAUACUGUCUGUGAUGGUUAAACUGAGAUUUAAGAAUGUCUUGGGUUAGAUGCAAUGACUAAGGUAAAGAGAAGAGGUUUAUUUUAAAAUGUGAAUAUCUUUUUUUCAGAAUGAUUGUCUAUGGCUAUGAAAUUCUUUAUACUCUAUUUAAUAUUAUUUGUUUUCCCCCUCUUGAUCCUAUUGUUAUAUUCCUUUUAAUGCAAGGCAGAUGUCUUCAUUGUAUAUGGAUGUUUUAUUGCACAGUGUUUAUGUGGUGUCGUGUUGACUUCUGUAAUGGGCUGGGUGUGUCUCGACAAGGUGUUUGAUCUUUGAAGAUCGGUCUGAAUUGUUAGAGCCACAAAGUAUCAAUAGCUGUAAUUGAUUUCUCAUUCCCACUGAUCACCCACAAUGUGUCUGAUUGAUUCAGUCUUACGAAUUAGCAGCACCAUCACAGGAUCGAUCUCAGCUGCUGUCGAUGCGUGAAGGUGCACAAAUAUUCAAGAGGAAUUAAGAGGAGACCACUGAUAUUCACAACAGAGAUGGCAAAUCAGCUGAGCUGCAUUUUCGACUGACUGGCUGAAUGUAUAAAUGCAAAUUUUUAUUUCACUGCCUGUGCACAUCAAUAAACCUGUGUAUCUUAUUACUGGAACAUGCGCCUGUAUCUAAAGAGUGUACCUGACUGCUUAAUGUAAUUAUUGUCUUCAAAAGUUAUGUAUGCAGUUCAUUUUUUAAAGCAAGUUAAUGACAAUAAGGUAUUGAUUUGCUACAUAAUUCACACCUUGUUUGCUGUGAUUGGGGUUGCAUGAGUAGUAGUGCAUUGCAGAACUACUGUACGUCAGAUAUUUUCAUCAUGGUGCGAUCCACCCAAGGAUUUAACUCCACCUGUGGUCAAACAAAACAGACAUGAACCAAGAUCAAGUUAGUCAACUUUGCCAAUGACAGAGAAAGAGAAUUCAUAGCCUCUGUAUUGUCCUUCAUUAUGAUCAGGGUUCUGGUUAGUCAUGUGCAUUAUGGUUUUGUGUAUAAACAUGUUUACUGACAUCACGAAAAUGAGAUGAUAUGUUUGGUAUCAUUGCUUUUUACGUCGCAUGACCACUUGUUGGACCUGGCCCCCUAUAACGUGCUCAUGCUGAAAAGAUUUUUUUAAUGUGAAGAACUGCUUCCCACUGCACUGUGAAUCAUUGCACUGUCCCCUGUGUCUCAUCUAGACACUCGUCAUCUAUCCACAUCCACCUUCACAUAUCAGCUCCAUAGUAUGCAAUCCCUUAUGACCUAGCUCCCUCUGUCAUGAGCAUACCAAACUCUGGCAGCCAGAUUACUGCCAGUCAUCUUUGUUAGUCAGGAAUCCUCUGCUCUGAGAUCAGCUCUCUGGUGCUACAGCCAGUGCAGAAUGGCCAUUCUAUUGUCCCCAGUCCAUGUAUAGUUGUCCAGAGAGACACAAUAUUUUAGCACCUAAACAGAGGUAUCUCACUGCCUUUCAUAGUGUUGUUUUUUUAUUGUAAUCUUUCUUUUGUACAUGACAUACAGUAUGUUUUAACCUGCAUACAUAUGUGUUUGUGGAAAGAAAAAGAUUGUAUGUGAUAUUUCAUAAUUAUUAUGUUCCCAAUGUUUUAUAAGUACUGUACCUGUACAGCAAUAAAGCACAAUU